UUGAAAUCAGUUUCGUCGAGACAGUCGUUGGAGCAGGGUCUUCGGUCGAUUGCUUGACUACCGCGUUACUCAUAAUCGUUGUUUGUGUUUCAACUGAAGUCGCGUAGGAAUUUAUGCUGUAACAUACAAGUUUCUUGCGAAGUCUAACCAGUCUAUCUACGCAGCGCUAUAAAGUUUGCAGUAGGAAACAGUUUUGUGCUUCAGAAACUAUCUACAACAUUCUCCAACUGCGUGGCAAGCAGGCAUCUUUUGAGUAGUUUGGAAUGUUUACAAUCUGAAUACAUUGUCCUGAAUUCUCAAAACCCUAGCGCCUCAAAGAAAGGAUUGUGUGAAGUGUUGAUAGCAAUUGUUUAUUCUCGUAGAUUUCCAAACAUUAGUGGUGGAUGAAUUCCGUGGAUUUAUUGUUCUUCCAAGAUGCAGAUCAAGUCAUCUCAAAGCAUUAUAAAAAGGUGAAUGGAGGGCGAUGCAGUGGCGUUGGCAGUGGUAGAGUGAGGAUGGCAGUGGCGUGGCGUUGGGUGGCAGUGGCCGUGUGUGUGGCGAUGGCAGCGCUGCCAGCGGCGACGGUAGCAAACACCUUCUGCCCGGCCAACUGCAACUGCGACGACGACAAACUGGUGGUGUCCUGCAUCGAGGCCAACCUCAACGUGGUGCCCAUCACCCUCAACCCGGCCAUCCAGCAGCUGGUGCUGCAGUACAACAAGGUCAAGUCGGUCGACGCCGCCUUCCAGUUCUACAGCCAGCUGCAGUUCGUCGACCUGUCGCACAACAACCUCGUCACCAUCCCCAACAAGAGCUUCCAGUUCCAGUUCAAACUGGUCCAACUCCACCUCAGUCACAACAAAAUAUCGCAGAUCUCCAACAAGACCUUCGAAGGCUUGAAACAGUUGACUAUCCUAAAUUUGCGAGGAAACUAUCUCGAAGAUCUUCCAGACAAACUGUUCAGCAUCCUAUCUCAGCUCGAGCAACUCGAUCUGGGCCAGAACCGAAUCAGCCGCAUCGACUCGGAGGCGUUCGCUGGUCUGAUAUCACUGCGUGUCCUCUACCUGGAUGACAACCAGCUGCGCAUCGUGCCAACACCCUCGUUCCUCCCUCUCGGCAGCCUGGCCGAACUCAAGGUCGGACUCAACUCGUUCACCCUGCUGCCCGAUGACUCGUUCAAGGGCCUCAACCGACUCAGCAGUCUCGACUUGACUGGAGCCGGUCUUCUUAAUACUAGUGAGAACGCUUUCCGUGGUCUAAUUGUCUUGAGAAAUCUUGUACUAGUAGACAAUAAACUGACCAAAAUACCGACCAAACAGCUGGGAGUCCUCACCAGGCUUGAAGAGCUUUCCAUCGGGCAGAACGAUUUCACCGCAUUAGAAGCUAAUGCUUUCUCAGGACUGAAGAAACUUCGCAAGCUCGAUGUGUCAGCUGCUCCAUUCCUGGAACGAGUGGAAAAGGGAGCAUUGUCUGAUAACUUGAACUUAGAAUCUCUCAUCUUCUAUAGUAAUAAGAAAUUGAAGUCUUUAGAAGAUGGUGCACUAGAAGGUCUUCCUCACCUGCGACACCUUGUGCUUCGUGAUAAUGCUUUUGAAACAUUUUCAGAAUCACUGGUAGCAUGGCCAGAACUGCACAAGUUGGACUUGUCCGAAAAUCCAAUCAACUGUGGCUGUUCGCUGUUGUGGCUGAGGGAAUUGCUGCUCGCUCGCAGAAACGUGAGUCAGGUGUUGUGUGGUGCUCCCCCCAAUCUGAGGGAGAAGCCGCUGAAAACACUGAAAGAUGACGAACUGGGCUGUUCGCUGCACGGCGCGCGCCAGCAGGCGAUCAUAGGCGCGAUCUGCGGCAUUGUGGUGGCUCUGGCCGCGCUGCUCGGCAUCCUGCUCUACACGUACAGGCGGCAGGUGCACGGCCUGCUCAAAGACUGCCAGUGGAACAAGAGAGUCAUGAGCAGUAAGGAGAGCGAAUACCAGAAGACAUUCUCCGAAGAUGACUUUGUCAUUCGUUCAGGACAGGCUCAAGGACUGAAAAUUCCUGUGACGGAACUGUAGCUAGAGCUAUUCGCCUCCAGUCCCCCUCCCAACGUGUUCUUCGUCCAGGGAGGCGAGAAGGAGGCGAGUGCCGGGGGCCGAGCGCCGCCCCCACCACCCCCACACUGCUCCAGGGGCACGGCCGCCGUCAACGGCUUCUCCUACAUGCGAGGCGACGUCUACCGAUCUACCUUCUCCAACGGCACCUUCCGCGGCGACAGCAGCCGCAACAACAUCUACUGCGAAAUCAACAGCUGCGGCCGCCAGCAGCUCAACACCAGCCUCACCCAUCUCCACCAUCUGCAACACCAACAAUAAUGGCUAGUCAUCAUCACCCAUCACCACUUGCCUCAUUGCAAUCCUGCCCACGGUCAACACGACAAACACGUGUAAUCAUCUCAUCUUGUAUUUUGUGAUAUUUGAACAAUGUGUGUUGAAUGAGUCAGCUCUUUGUGAAACUUUCUUCGAACCAAUAACGCGUUUAUAUUGUUGUGUUAGUGUGAGUCUGAUUGAAUAUUGAACACAAAAAACUUCUAAAUAGCCUACUGGAACAAAAUCGACAGUUGAAUGCACAUAAACAAAAGUUUAAUAUUUUGGACACUGUUUGAGUUUGUCGCUUUGAUAAGAAUGUUGAUGAUACACAUAUGAGAUAGAAAGAUUUGAGAAUAACUUCCAGAAAAUUCUAACAAUACAUUGCUCAAGUUCAGUACUGGUAUUGAAUGUGUAACUCUAAAUUCAGUAAGAUUCAUCACCAUUGAAAACAGUACAACUGAAUAGGAUGUUCACUUAUUUAUUGAUUUGUCCUCCACUGACUUGAAACAUCAUAACACUAUACAGUAUUUUAGGAUCUCUUUUAGUAGUUUGAUCCACGAAAUUUUCUUCUUUAUAAAUGAUUGAGAAUUGUAUAUAUUUUCGUGAAACUCAGGUAUGUAGGUUGUGUAUGUGCAAUCACUGUAGCUGUUAGGUCUAUGUUAGUAUAUUAUUAUGUAAAGGUUGAAUAUUUGAGUGAUAGUAAGUUUGUUAUUUUUUAUACCUGGUGAGAAAUCAAAUUUGAUUGAGUAGGUAGAGCUUUAAAAGUCGAUUAAAUUUUCAUUACUCAAAAUUUUACAACAUAUAGUGUGAUAUUGCAAAGAAAGUAUUUUGCAUUUUUGUUGUAAGAAAACAAGUUUUUCAUUUCGGGUACAAAAUAUCAUUCCAUUGAACUGACAAGUUGUUUUAAUGUGAUAGGUUUAUAAUUAAAAAUCUUGUCUGGUACAAAAACGAACAAAUAAUAAUAGUGUCAGUCAACUUAUAUAUUAAACAUUUCAAACUAAAAACAUGUUCAUUUUCAUCCAACUUUGAAACUUCAAGGUAACAUUUUUAAUGAAUGGAAUAGAUUUAAAAUGAGAACUAGUGCAAAAUUGGAAAAUUCCAUAUAAUUUCCCUGAAAAUAUCAUCUUGGUCUUUAAAUAUUUCCCUUUUAAAAGUCCAAUUCUUAUGUUUUUGUGAUUUUCUGGAUUAUUUUAUUUUUAUGGAUAGUUCAUAUUCAUAAGCCUUGUUCCAUGAAAUUAUUCCAGAAAUCUCUAUCUUUCUUUUAUCUCAAGUGUCAAUUCUUCAAACCAAUGUCUUUGCAUUUUAAAAAUAAGAAAUUACUUGAUUUUGCAAAUUUAUUUAAGCAUUCUAUUAAACUUCUUCAUCUUUUCUUAAUUCUUGUUCUUUGGCGGCAUCUUGAAGUUAUUCAAACUUGUCGUAAAAAUGACUUAUUUUUUGUUCUUUUUGUAGUGGUAGAUCGAGAACUCUAAACCAACAUUUUUCAAUGAUUGGAUAUACAAUCUGCUGUUCUCAUAGAAUCAAUUUAGAGAAAAUGUAUCAACUUUCAAAAUUUCAUAUAAUGAUUUCAAUACCGAUAUUUCAGAGUUACAAAUCUUUCAGUACUGUUUUGAAUGGAAUAUGAAUUUGAGAUUAGAGAGAUUAUCCAAUCCAUUCAUAGUCUCUCCUAUCUUCCAUGCAUUUAAUGAGUAGUCCAUUAAUUAUUAAUGGGAGGUGCAACUUGUAACCCCCACCUCCACGAUUUGUGUACUCAUUACAUGAUUACAUCUUUAUCAUGAAUACAAAAAAAUGAAAUUUCAGUCCAGAUUAAAAUUUCAAGUUGAUGCUGCAGAGAAAUCAACUUAUAACAUCAUAUUAUUUUAUUUAUUCAGAUGUGUUUCAAUUUGUGUGCUAAUAAUUUUUAGUUUAACUUUAUUUAGGCCCUAUCAACAACGUGUUUCUAUAUAUUUUUUAAAAUAAUAUGAUGCAGUUUUAUCACCAUUAUCAUGCAAACCAGUAUCAAUAUAAUUUAUUCAAAUGUAACAAAAGAAAGGAGCUUUAAACACAACGAAGCUUUAAAAAUGUUUUUUCUCAUGUUAUCCUCAUACUCGAAGUUUAUUUUUUGUCCCCUCUGACCGGGCAAUGUAGUUUUGAGUUUGCAUAAAGAAUAUCUCUGGAAGAUAGUUAGAUGACUUGAAAAAUCAUUAAGACUGACUUCGAUACAUUCAGUUCCAUUGUUUUCAGAUACAGUGCAAUAAUUUACUAUAAGGAAAAAUCUUGCAUUGAAUUGAGUAGGUAAUAUAAUCAAAAGGUUACAUUAUAUAAAUACUGUCGAACAGUACUUCCCACCAAAAUUCGAAUAACUUAAUCCUUAUAGAUUCUAUUAGAUUGAACGGAACUUGACAAACACAUAUGUUCAUCAUGUGUAUGAUAAGAUAUGUUCAAUAUAAUAGAAUCUAUAAGUAUUAAGUUAUUAGCAUUUUGUUAUUAACUUUGGUGAAAACACAGCUUUACUGUGCUUUGAAUGGAGUCGAGUGAAAGAUAUCAAUGUCUGAUAAAAUCCUUUUCUUCAACUUCAAAAUAUAUGUUUUCACAAUACUCUCCUGUAAACAAACAUUCAAUCCUUGAAUCUUCUAAUUUUUAUAUUCUUAUAAUAUUUUUCAAUUGAUUUCCACUAUUGCGGUUCAUUUGAUAUUCAAUGCAAUACUGAUAAACGAUGUAUUUUCUACAUUUUCAAGUACCUAUCUACUUACAACUACAUUUGAGUACAUUCAUAAGAAAUGUCAAUAGUAACGCGUGAUUGUAUGGAGAUACUUGAACUGGUUGUAGAUGAUUCUGGUUUGAAAUAAUUGGUAGUUUGUUUUGCUGAAAAAAUAAAUUACCAGGAUUCAACUUAGGGUACCAUGUUCAAGUCAAAACACUUAAGUAAUUUGCCGGCAUUGGAAAUAAUUUUCUUGCAAUAAAAGUUACAGAAGUGUUUAAUUUGUAGUUACGAAGGAUUCAUCAUGUUCACAAGCCACAAAGCAAUAAUUUGUUGGAGAGAGACGGUGUAUUAAAUUUUACGAGAGGAUUACCUUUGAAGAGGAUUUUUGUUAGAAGCUAUUUCACUGUUCAAUUCAGUCUUUGAAACGUAUAAAUAUUGGAAUUUAAUAUUGUGAUUUGGUGAGUUGGUUUAUCGGCUGCUUGAUCCUCCACUGGUAUUGAACCUCACAAAUAAGUAUAGUGAUUAUUGUACGCUACACAACAAAUUUAUGUAAAAUAUAGACGUUAGUUUUUCUCUAGUCCAUGGCGAGUAAUACAAGCACCUUAAUAGGUACCAUAAUGAAAAUUCCAUGAUUUUUGUAAUUUUCUCUUUAGAAACUGACUGUGUUGUAUAAUUUAUUUGUAAAUAUUUGUGAAUCAGAAUAAGUAAAGUACCUAUUCGAGCCUUAUUUCUCUAAGCAAUAUAAAUUUAAUUGUAGUAUAAAAAUGAUUUGUAACUGAGAUGUAAAUUAAUUUUUAUGUCAUUGAUUCAAUGGAGAAAUCCACAAAGCUGUGACAUAUAAACUUAAAACUUUCUACAAUAUAUAUAAUAUGAAUGAAGUUAUUUUUCAUCACCUUGGUAAUUAUGUGAAAGUUAUAGAAAUAAAGUUAAAAAUAAAUUUUUCUAAUUCGCAAA